UACCGCGGGGCCUUUUUUACUUCUUUGUUGGACAAAAAUCAGGCUGUCGGUGCUGUCACAUACAAUUAAUCACUGCCAUUGAUCACAUAUACUAUUCGUAAUACCCAAUUACCAUGGUGAACUACGGCAUCGAACCAACCUUCAGCAACGACGAAAGCGUCGAAUAUCCCCCUCCGCCACCAGACGACUACUCGGCGCCUUACGCCGACGAAGCUGCCUAUGUAGACGACGCCGGAUAUUCGGUCGAACCUGGGUAUUUGGACGAUGCUGGGCAUUCGGUCGAACCGGGGUAUUCGGCUGAACCUGGGUAUGUGGACGAACCGAACGACCUUAGUUUCCACGAGGAUGAAUUUGAACACACAUUGAGCGAGCACAAGCUGAAGGCCGAGCCGUACAAAGACGAGGUAGACGAAGAGGAACUCAACUCCGUCUCGGAUAUUGAGUCUGUGGAAAGUGCGAAGCGCGAACAUGUCUCGAAGAAGGCACUCCUCGGUUCGCUUACACUGCUUCUUUUGGUGAUCGUCGCGGCGCUCGGUGCAGCACUCGCUGCGAAGAACAGACAAGUAAACGAACAGAGUGCAGCUGCUGCUAUUGCCGAAGCUAACGCCGCACUUAUCGCUCCGACGUUGGCUCCCGCCAAAGCCUCGACGCGAAGACCAACAAAAUCCCCGGUUCGUGCUCCCACCAUGGCCCCUGCCAAGAACUCCGAAUCGGAAUGCAAAAGCGUUUGUAAGUAUGAGUCGGAUUGAAUGGCGCUGCAUGUCGGUACAUAACAGCGCUUCGAUAUAGAUUGUAGUACUCACCACGGCUAUUUCUCCUUUGGUCUUUGGUGUUUUUAGUGGACGUCAUGUGCGAAACAUCCGGGUUGGAGACGGUCUGUGACCUGUUCAAGUCAUCGUGCGGCAUUUCCGAUUUCGACGAUAUUUGCGGUGCGAUUACGUCCACGGACGGGGGUGCCUUUACCGUGUUUGCACCGAGAAACGAGGCCUUUGACAGAAUUUCCGAACGCACCCAAAAUAUCCUCGAAGAUCGUUCGGUACUCAACGAAGUUUUGUUGUCCCACGUAGUGGGGAGAAAGAUUGUCGAGGAAGAACUCUACUGCGGCAACACUGUCCACAUGGAAAGCACUUACCCUACCAGGACCAUUUGCAGUUACAACGAUGUUUACCAAGUGGGACAGGGCAAUUCUCGUUCCGCCUUUCCAAAGAUCACGGAAUACGACCUAUCGACGUGCAACGGUGUCCUCCACGUGGUCGACAACUUGAUUAUGCCCAUUGCCUACCACCACCGCCCCGACAUGUAUCCCGUCUCCACUCCUUCGAGAAAGGUUCCCACCGCCGCGCCCAACCACAAGAUGCCGUCGCGGUUCGAACCCACCAGCCAGCACCACGGCACGAGCGGCAAGGACCGCCUUCCCAUGAAGCCCAUCCGUGACAAGGUCCUGAUCGACAAAACGACUCCGAGCUUCCCCGAUGGAUUUUGCGAGGACAAGAUCGAGGUCUCCAAGAGCUGCUACACCUUCGGCGAGUCGAUCGAGAUCACCUACCAGACGUGCAGCCCCGGCAAAGAGGACUGGUUCGGUGUGUUCCGGUCGCACUCCCACAACACCGAAACCAAGCAGAUGCGCACGCGGCCCAUGUACUGGGAAUGGGCCUGCGGUGGCAACGGGGAAACCUCCUCCUGCGGGGACCAGCACCCACGGUGGGGCAAGCUGACCAUCGACCAGCCCCUCGGUGGCGGAAGGUACUCGGUGUACACCUUUUCGGACGUCGCCCGUCCCUACACGUCCGUGUCGUACACCGAAAGUUUCCACGUAGCGAGGUAUUGCCCAACGAACCACGGCAGCAGCAGCAACAAGAAAUACUACCGCGAGGGCAAAUCUCUGUGAGGUGCGUGACGGAAACCAUGGUUUUCCGUGUGGUGGCGCUGGUACCCCACAUACUGUACACUAUUUGAUUCAACCACCAUUCAUGUUUCGUGGAGCUAUGUGACGCUUAGACUGUAUGAUUCGGAGAAACUUUUGAUACAAUACUAUAUGCAUCUAUUUCGCAUAUUGAGACAUUAAAAAAAUAGAAACCGA